AUGGCUGUUGGCACUUCACAAACACUGGCCACAACCAAGCGCGGCACUCGACCCGGGAGCCCGCUGGCGGACUGCAUUUUCCAUGUGUUGAUGUCGGAUAUCUUGCAUCACCUACAAGUGUGGAUCGACUCCCAUGAAGCCUUCAAUGAUAUCCUACGAGAAUUGGACAUCACAGGUAGCAGCUUUGUUGCUUGGGCGGACGAUCUUGCAAUUCCUUGGGCAACGAGGACUGCCGAUGAGAUGCCAGAAGCCCUCAGGGCGGUGCUGAGAUUUGUUCAGCAACUCUUUCAUCGUUAUGGGUUCUUGCUGAACAUGGACAAAGGCAAGACGAGCGCUGUUGUGUCCUUUCGAGGGACAGGGGCACCGAUGCUUCGCCAGCGUUUUCAACUGGGUCCACGGCCAGGGGAUGAGAUCCCGAUAGUAUUCCGACGUACCCAGCAACCGGAUCCACGGGUGCGCCUAGCCACUGACCGACUGCUCUAUGCACAGGGAUUGUGGGAACAUGGGCCAGCUGACCUUCAACAUCUGUUGCAUAGAGAACAAGCGUUAUGCCAGACAUCAUGGAUGGAUGGGCUGCUUGCCGAUUCAGAGUGGAUGCGCAAGUUGGAACCUGACGCACAGCCACCUAUAGAUCCCUCCGAUCUGACUGCCCUUUUUGAUUUUUGGCAGAGCGGCACAGCAGAAUGGCAGAAGCGUGUCAAAAGGGCCUUCAGACGCUUCCAGAAUCAAGAGCAUAUGAUGCAUCAGAUGCAUAGAUUCCAUGGUCAAAUCAUGAAAGCAUUGCAUAGUUGUGCCACACUCCGAGAUUUGCCAGUGGAUUCACAUGAUGCAGAUGAGGAGCACAAAUGUUUUUGCGGUCGUUGCUUUACCACCCCACAGGGUUUAGCAACGCAUAAACGCAAAGCCCACCAAAUCGGUGCCCUGGAGAAACAUCUCAUCGACGGGCCCACAUGUCCAUCAUGCCUCAAGUUCUUUUGGAGCCGACAAAGGCUCUACCAACAUCUCUCAUAUAUUCCGAGAAGGACGCAGGUCAAUCGCUGCUUCCAAGACUUACAGAAGCGAGGUUUCCGAGUCCUUGAGGAAUUGACACCUGCGCACCAGGCACAACCCAGAGGGCUUCACCGCACUGAAGCCUUGCAGGCAAUGGGGCCGCAUUUGCAGCCGAAAGAUAGUCGCAGUAAUGAGCUGCUUUUGACACGCCAGCGACUUGCACAGGUGGAAGAGACCAUCUUCUGCAUAAGGGUCCCAAAGGAGGCAGAAGUGCAGCAGAGCGCAUACUGGAACUGCCUGACAGCAAUUACUGAGGAAUGGUUUCAGCGAUUUCGUGAAGCAGGGUUUGAUGCAUCCAUGACUGUUCAACUCCCUGACCUGUGGUUAGAUGCGGCUGCUACAGCAGAUCCAGCGUAUCCAGAAUGGCUGGAAAGUGUCUACAUUGGAUGGGGUGAAAAAUGUUUAGAAGAUGUCAUCGCCAAGUUUGAAGACGGUGAGGCUGAGUCACUUGUGGAUAAUGCUUUUGCGGAUUUCAUUUACGAAUUUCCAAGGAUGCAAGCACUCUCAGAGGCCGCCUUUCUGAGACAGAAGGUCGGACGUCUGGAUCAAGAAAGAGGCUCCCUUUUUCCCCACAGACCGCCGCGGUUCGGCACUGCCAAUGCGAAGGAGAGAAUCCAAACGGCCUUACAGAUCCCUUCCCUUUUUGCACAACAAGAGGAGUGGCUGGAGAAGGUGCGUGCAAUUCGGUUUGACACAAUUCCUGAUUGCACGACUAUUCCACGGGGUGUUGAAGCUCACACUCAACUGCCAGUAUUCCUUGUUGUCCAUCUCUUCAGCGGAAGGAGAAGGGCAACAGAUGUCCAUGCCAGACUUGAGGAGUUUGCACAAGACAAGGGUUUCAGGGUCCAAGUUUUGUCACUUGACACAGCCGUUUCCGUUUUCUACGGCAAUCUACAGGCCGGCCAUACUACUUGGAAGUUUCUCACGACCUUGUACAAGGCAGGACGUGUCUCUGCGACAAUUCUGGGGUCCCCCUGCGAGACAUUUUCAGCCGCGCGCCACCAUCCUCCUGAUGGGGACCUCUCUGCUGAAAUGACUGGGAAAUGGCCCAGGCCCCUUCGCAGCGCUGCCCGAUUUUUUGGCCUUGAUGGCCUUACAACACGAGAAUUGAGGCAAGCAGAACAGGGAGCGGAGUUUUUCAUGCAAGGGAUCUUGGCUGCCGCCUGGACCCUCCGAUGCGGAGGUGUUUAUUUAAGUGAACACCCGUGGAAGCCAGAGGAUGAGGCCAAAGUGAGCAUUUGGACCUCACCCUGGGCGCAGUUGAUCCUCCAGCUCCCGAAUGUACGAUUGCAUAGGGUCUGCCAGUGGAGAUGGGGUGCAAGUGCAGUCAAGCCCACAGGAAUCCUUGCCAUCAAUUGUCCUCUUUUCGCACAAUCCGCAUAUAGAAGACAGCUGCCUGAUGCUGUCAAGCCUCAACAGGUUGCAAUUGGCCGUGACAAAAUUACUGGAACAUUCCGAACUGCGGUGCUCAAGGAGUAUCCACCAGCCUUUUCUGCGGCAUUAGCUGGUGCAGUAGCUGAUUGUUUCCAAGUGGCGACACGUCAGAAUAAUCUGACGCUUUGGCCAUUGCAAGAGCCAGAAAUCGAAGCCUGGGUACAGAUGGCCUUACAGGCCUGCGCCAACAUUCGCACAGAGGCGCCGUGGCUUCCUGAUUUCCAAGGCUGA